AUGGCGCAGCCCGAAACUCUUUACCAGGUGCUGUCGCAGCCCGUGGAUGCAAGUCGCGUCAAGCAGCUCCAGACCGUUCAUGAGGCAAUCAAGGCCAGCCUCGCCGGUCAGCAGCCGGGUUCACGCGUGGGACUGGAGACGCUGGUCGUGUGCGCGGAAGCGGCACUCAAGGUGGGGAGUCUGGACAUAGCGCAGGACUGCCUGGAGAGGUAUUUCCUAGAGCAGCGCAGGUACGGAGUCAACAUGGCCCCUGUGGAAGUUCGGGACCAGUAUUUGUGUCGGGCGCACUUUGCCCGGGGACUGCUGGUCUCGGAGCGGUCCAAAGGACUCAAGGGUCGUGCCCUGAUUGACGGCACACUGGAGUCAAUAUCACACGUAAUGGCGGGGCUGGAUGUGGCAGCGGCCAACGUCAGGUACCAGUUCCUCGUGUACAAUGCCAGUGUGCACCACUGGCGGGUGGCAGCGCCCCUGCACCGGGACGGAUUGAGGACCCACCUGCUGCCCUCCACGGAGAAGGUGGUGCAGGCCCUGGACAAGGUCCCCGGUCACGAGGAGUGGAAGGUGCGCUGCUACACAGCCUUGGCGCUGUGUCAGGCGGAUGCGGCCAUGGCGCCCCCCGGGGGCCAAACACCAGGUUCCGCCACCACUGGAGCUGGAGGGGGGGCCGGCGGCAAGGCCGGUAGCGGCGGACCCAGCUUUGACGAGGCCGCCAAGACGCUACAGCGGGCGUACGACACGGCUGGGGCAGCCAAGUUGGUCCAGCUACAGCGGGACGUAGCACGGUUGCAGGUCCAUCUGACAACGCAGGCGUACGGCAGUGCCGCCGCCGGUGGCAAGGGUGCCAAGGCCGCGCCUGCCGCCGCCGCCGGAGCUAAGCCCGGCGCCCGCGCCUCCAAGGCCGUUGCGGCCCAGCAGCCUGUGCUGGACGAGGAGGGGGCAUUGCGGCUGAUCCAGGGAGUGCUCACCGGGCGCCCUGAUCGCGCCAUAGCCGAGCAGCAGCUCAAGGAAGCGGUCGCGAAAGUGGACCCCCACGGCCCGGACGGGCGAGUGAAGGGCGCCAUGCUGCGGCCCGUGUCGCGGGCUGCCUGGGCGGCAUCGGUGGCGGGGCUCCCGGAGCUGGCUGAGAAGUGGGCCUCGCGUGCGGCUGCCUCCUCUGACAGCGGCCCCCGGGCCUGGUCCGACCUCACGAGGGUGCUGCUAGCGCUGCAGGCUCUGGGCCCCACGGGUGACACCUCCCUCGCACCCGCCGUGGUGGCGGCCCACGUUAAGGCGCUGGAGCAGCUGGAGGAUUGCCUGACUACCUUCACCAAGCUCGCGGACGUGGAGGGCAUCCACGCCGCCGCGCGUCUGGCCUGGAACGCCGGUCUGCUGCUGCUGCAGCCGCCUCUGCGGCGCCACGUGAAGCGCGCCUUCAACGCGGCGGCCCGCGCCCUGGCGGUGGCUGCCUCCCCGCUCACCCGCCUCAGAGCGGCCUUGCACCUGGAGGCGGCCAAGUGCGAUGCGACGGAGGAGGCGCUCAUCAAGGCCGGUCAGGAGGUCAGCAAGGCGCUAUCCCUGGACUACCUGCCCUCACCCGCUGAGGCCGCGGCAGUGCCCUGGCUGCAGCGGCCGCUGGACCGCUGGGCAGUGCCGCUGUCCCGGGCGCUGGCCCUCAGGACCUCGGCAGAGCCAGCCAACCCCGAGGAGGAGGCCGUGUCCCUGAUUGAGCGCAGCAAGGAAAGCCGCAAUCCAGCCAUAAAGAUGGAUUUGUUGGCCCGGGCCCGGGAGAAGCUCCGAGACCUGCAGCCGCUGCCGCCGCCGGCACCAAACGACCCGCCGGGUGCAGAGCGCUCCGCGGCGCAUUCGGCAGCACGGCGGCGGACGUCCGUGUGGGGAGAGCUGGUGCGCUCCGCCGCCGCCAGCCGCAUGGACGAGCACGUCCUUGCAGCGGCGCCGUACGCGCUGGCGGCGGCGUGGAGCCCUGUCGUUGACCGGGAGAUGGUGCUGCUGCAGGCCCAACUGAGCUACCUGGAGGCUGAGGCCGCAAUCUCGGCCCUCAAGCGCCAACGGUCCGACAUGGUGCCCCCCUCCAAGGCCGAGCCGCCCCCGGUGGACGACGAGGGCGUGCGGAUGACCCCCGCCAACCCGCGACAGAUGAGGGAGCUGGUCAUGAUGCCCCGGUGCUGUCUGCCACGGGUGGACGAGUUUGUGGCGAUGAUGAUACUGGUAGCGGUGUUGGUAAUGGUGGUGUUGGUAGUGGUGGUGGUGGUGGUGGCCACUGUGAGCACCAUGCGGUGGGCCGCCUCGGUUUCGGAGCCGUGGCUGACCAUCAACGCCGCCGUACAACUGUACAACGCAGCGCUACCGGUCAUGCAGCAGCACCGCUACGCGGAUCUGUACCGGUGGUUGCGCCCGGUGGCUGAGGCGCUGGUGGCGCUAAAGCCGGCGGACAGCGACGGGCCGCUGGCGGUGGCGGUGGCUGAGGCGUUGGCGAGGGCUGCGGAGCACCGGCUGCUGCUCGCGGCGGCGAAAGCGAAGGCGGCUCGCACGGAGGGCCGCGAGGAAGAGGACGAAGAUGGCGAGGAGGGGGAGGAGAGCGGCGUGCCGCCGGGCGAUGCGGGGCCACAUUUCAACUGUCGCUCUCCGGGCUACCUGCCGCUGCCGGAAGCGCGCAUGGCGGCGGCGGGAAUCGAACCGAAGACCUUUCCCUCUCUGUCGCGUUUGCUGGCGUCUCUUUCCACCGUCACCGCUGUGGCGGAGGCGGCACUGGAACGUGCGGGCAGCGCCUCUACCCAGGGCCUUCUGGAGAUGUACGCCCGGCUGCAGCAGUAUCGCGGCGUCUCCUCGGGGCUGCCCGCCGGGGCUGCUGCAGCUUCCGAAGCCACUAGCCGCGUGGUGGCGGCCAUUGAGGCGCUCUCCUCGGCCGCCCGCAGCGGCAGGGGCCCUGCCACGGUGGCGGCGGACGCGGCGGCGGCCAUUGCAUUGCUGCGGGCGCUGCCCGGGGGCGCACCCUUGGAACUUUGGGCCAAGAUUGCACGCGCGUCGGCGGAUGCGGCCUGCUGGCCAGCCGCCCUGGAGAGCUCCGCCGCCGCCCUGGCCUCCCUCCCCGGCUCCGGCCCCGACCUGGACGUGCUGGCCCUAGAGGCCCCCGCGGAUGUGCCCGAGAUGACCCCCGCCGCCUGGUUCUGGACGGCCGUGGCGCUGGCGGUGCGGGGCGCGGCGCUGGCUGCGCUGGUGGACCUGCCUAGCCAGGGGGCCGCCACCGCGCUGACGGUGCGGCGGGAGGCGCUGGUGCAUGCGGCGCAGGGCGCCAGGUGCGCUGCAUUUGUGAACAAGUCCGACCUGUGUGAGAGCGCUUGCCGAGUGUUUUGGAACGCAGCUCUUCCCUUCACCAGCAAGCCCCUGCUGCGUGCGGCACUCAUCCGGCCACUGAAGGUGGCGGUGGAGGCGCUAAACAGGGUGGGGGCACCCGACAAGGCGUUUCAGGUCCGCCUCAACUGCUUGUACGUGGAGGCGCUGGCGGGUGCCCGGCGCUGGGCUGACGCAGUGGCGGCCUGCGAUGCGGCGGGUCGCGCCGUGAAGCCGCGGGGGCUGUUGCGGCCGGUGCUGGGCUGGAAGGCGGCGUGCCUGGCCAUGCUGGGUCGCAAUGUGAAUGCCGAGAUGACCAAGGCCUACGCCUGGUCCGUGUUGGCACACCACAGCGCCGCCCGGUACGACCAGGUGGCGGCGUACAAGGCGGCUACGGCGGCUGUGGGGGAGGCGGGCUGGCUCAAGGCGCUGGCACUGGCGGGCUACGCGGAGUGGCUUCUGAGCAGCAGCGACGACAAGGAGGCGGCGGAGGAAGUCCUGCUGGCGGCGGCCGAUGCACUGCUGGAGUACGACACAGGGAACUUGGACAAUGACGGCUCCGACGAGGACGAGAACGACCUCCACAAGACCAACAACACCGGCGGCGGCCGUGGCAACUCCUUCCGCCGGGUGCUUAGUCGCAGCUUCAGCCGGGCGCCCUCCAUGGACGGGGGAAGGCUGACGGAGGACGGCGGCGGCGGCGGUGGAGGCGGGGGCGGCGGCGGCGGCGGCGGUGCCAGCGCCCCUCCGGACCCUAACCGGGUCCCUGAGGAGCUGGGCAGUACGCAUCUGGAGCGGCUGGCGCGAAUUUACGUGAUGGCGUGCCAGGCCGCCUCCUCCGCCACCGACCAGUACGACUACAUGCUAGCCGCCCACCAUAACUUCAUGAGACUGCUGACGCAGGCCCUCCACUCCGCCGCUCACACCCGCUACGUGACCGCACGAGAUGCCUACCAUGCGGAGCUGGCGGCAGCUGCGGCUCAAGGCCGGGAGCCGCCCCCAGAACGGGAACUCCCGAAACCACAUGCCGUACUGCCGGACACGUUGGUGGGAUGGGGCACAUGGCAGCUGACUCCCGAGCUGUUCGCAUCCCUACACGCCGACGCGGGUCGUGGCUCCGUCGGCGCCCUGUCCCGCGAGCUGCUUCCCCAAACUGAGCUGACCAUGUCCUACCUGGACCUGCUGAGCUCCUGUCUGCGGGCCCGGGGGCUGCACUGCCACGUGUUGGCGCUGAUGCAGCUACAGAGGGUACUGGCACGGCUGGUGCUCAAGGAUGAGGGCAUGUAUGUGGCUGCCAGUCUCGGUCUCGUGUCGGCGUUGGAUGAGCUGUGCCUAUCUGCGGAGGCGGGUGCGCUGGAGGCGGAGCUGGGGGAUGUGGCGGCUAUAAGCCCCGAGGAGGAGGCGCAGGCCAGGGAGCAGCAGUCCAGCGAGGCCGCCGCGGCGGCGGCGGAUGCGGCUGCCGCGGCGGAUUUUGCCGCGGCGGGCGGCGGCCGAGGCGUCCGGGAGCCGCCGUCGUCGGCAGCGGACUUUGACGGCGCCGCCGCUGGCGCUGCUGCGGGCGGGUCUGCGGCGCAGGUGCCGCUGCCUGACUGGAUGGAGGAGGCUGCGCGUGAGCUCGGUAACACCGAUCUUCUCACAACGGGCAGCGGCAGUUUGUUGGGUCACGUGACCGGGCAGCUGCUGCUGCAGCCGUACACGUUGCACGACGUAUGGCUCAAAAAGGGGGAGUUCCUGGCCCGCAGGGGCCACUACGCGGCCGCCCGGCGGCUGCUGAGUCACGCCAGGUACCACGCAGCGGACUGCGGUAACCGGGAGGCGGAGGCGAGGUGUCUGCUGGCUCUAGGGAGGGCGGAGCUGGCGGCGGCCAACCCCGGGGAGGCGGUGGCGCUGGUGCAGACGGCUCAGCGACUUGGAGGCGAUAUUGACUUCUGGGCGGAGCUGCUCGUCCAUUACGUGGACUGCCGUACAGCCGCCAGGGACUCCACCAGUGCGUAUGCCAGGGAGGCGCUGCAGGGCGGUAUCGCCUUGUUCCUGGCGCUUGCCCGCGACGACCGGUCCGCAGAGAAGCCCGCCUCCGCUGCAGGUGCCGUACUGCGAGUACGACUGGCUCGGCUGUUGCUGGCGGAUAUGGAGAUGCUGCGGGCGCAGGGAGUUAGCACGUGGCGGAAGUCGUACGACCAGGCGGUAACGCUUGUGAACCAGGCCAUCAUGGCCCUGGCGGCUAGGGAGGUGGGCAUACCGCACAUCGAGGCGCUGCUGAUGCAGUCGGAGCUGAUGUUGGCUGACCCCACCGCGGUGAAGGACCUGAGGCCCCGAUUCAAGAAGGUGGAGAAGGUGCUGCUGGCCGCGGAGGAGAUGGCGGUUCGCUUCCAGACGGAGUCCACACCCCGGGAUCUGGACCCACGGGUCGUAACGCCCACUACCCGCCUGCUGGCCCGGGUGCGCUGCGCCCUGGCGGAUGUGCAGCUGGCGGCGGCAGCUGAGCGUGAGCGACUGGCGGCGGAGGACCGGGAGAAGGCGCGACCCAAGUUCCCCAGGAUCCGGGGGCAGGACGCCAAGGUGGUGGUUGAUUUCAUUGACGAGACGGGCGGCGGUCCCCCACCUCCCCCGGGUCUGCGGCCUGAGGACUCGGCACUGGCGCUGGCCAGCGGUGCGGCGGCGCUGGUGGCGGCGGCGCCUAGGGACCGGGCUAGGGCGCUGCUGGUGGCGGGUCGUUGCCUGCAGUUCAAGUUCUUCACAACGGUGCCGGCGGCGCUGGACCCCAUGCGCCCCUUUACACCGCCGCCGGCUCCGGCAGCAGCGGCAACGGCAGCGGCUCCGUCGCCACGGCGCAGCAGUGGCGAAGAAGCCGCCGCAGCCGGCACUGCCGCUGAAACCGAAGACAACGGCCCCGUCAGCGCUUUCGCGGCGGCAGCGGACGCGGCGGCGGCGGCCGCUCGGUCCACGGAGGGCGCCGCGGCGCUGCGGCUGCGGGCCCAGGCCGCCGCCAUCCUGGGGACAGCAAUGGAAGCAGCGGUUGCCGUACAAGACUGGCGGCUGGCGGAGCGCGCGGCGUUUGAGCUGGCGCGGUGUUACGGGCAGCAGGCGCCGGCGCUGGCCUGUCGGUCACUGGCGUUCGCACAGUCUUGUCGUACGGCGGCGGCGGGCCAGGACCUGCUGCGCGCGGCGGCGCCGCCGCAGCAGCCUGAGGUGCUGGCGCUGGCGCAGCGGGACGCGCUGGCGGCGGCGCUGCCGGCCCCGGGCGACAACCCGCACUACAGCGCGUUGCGGCGGCUGUUGGGCGGGCUGAAGGGCGCCGCCGCACGGUUGGAUGUGGCGACGGCGCCGUCGGUGGAACGGCAACUGAUGACUUUGCCGCCGGAUCUGCGGGUGCUGUGCCUCUACUUCUCGCCAGACGGCUCCCAGCUGUUCGCGGCGGCUCUCAAUAUCCCCGACCAGCAGGGGCCACCAACUGUCGCCCAGGAGAAGAGUCGCAAGAAGCUGGAUCCGGGGACUGGUCCGGGGGCUGCUGGGGGCGGUGGUGGGGGUGGAGCUCCCCGCAUCUGCCUGCUCCACCGGGUCGAUGUGAACAGGGCCUCAGCGGAUGCGCUCAAACAGGAGUUCAGGGGGUACCGCAGGGGUGUGGAGCGACAAAUCCGGGAGGGUAUCUCCUCCGCAGCCGCCAAGGGUAUCGGUGUGGCUUCGGAGGACGCGGCCGCUGCCGGUCCCCCCAAGAAGGGUUCCAAGACGAGUUCCGGAGCCUCCAAGCGGCCCGCCAGUAAGCAUCAGACCACACGGCCCGGAGCAGCCCCCUCUCCGGUGCCCUCCGGCCAGCCGGGGGGAGCGGAGUCACCCCUGGACCGGGGACCCGUAUUUGAUCUAGCCAUAAAUGAGGCCUGGUUGCGGCUACUGAGUCAACACACUGAGGGCAAGAAGGUGGGGGGAGGGGGCAAAGACAAGAACGCACAAGGGGGCCCACCCAAGUAUAAGGUUUCUCUGCUUUUGGACCCCGCCCUGGACGGACUGCCAUGGGAGUCCGUACAAUACCUGACCGCCAACUGCGCCUGGGUUGGACGAGCACCCAGUCUGCAGGCCCUGGCUGCCUGCCACUCAACAACCGCCGCCGAUGGUACGGCACCAGACUCCGCCACGCCGCCGCCUCCCCUUCCCCCCCUGGACCUCGGCCGCGUCACCCCCAUCAUCGACCCCCGUCACGAGUGCUCCACACUCGCUCAAGCCCGCGGCCCCUACAUGGCCCCGCUCAUACCCGCCAUGUCCGCGCCGGAGCUCCUCACGGCCCUGCCGGCGGUGCAGUGGUGGAGCGGAUUCAUGGGCGAGCCUGGCCGCGCGCCCUCGCCUGACUUGUAUGCGGGAUUGCUGGCGGGUUCCUCCAGCUUGCUGUUUUUGGGUGUGGGGCGCUUUGCGGCUCAUGUGGUGCCCUCGGUGUUGGCUUCUGCGGAUCUGAGCGGGUGCGACGCGGCCCUCCUGUUUGACCGGUGUAACACGGACGAGGCUUACUGGGCGCAGCUGUAUAGGGACAACCGCAAGAGUGCGGAGCAGCGGCGGCUGGAGUCGCCGGGGAGGGUGGCGGCGCUGCUCCUGGCGCGUGGCGUGAGGACUGUGGUGGUGACGGCCGCUGCGGCGCCGCCAGCAGUGGCGGUAAAGCUUAUGACGGGGGUGCUGACGGGUCUGUCGGCGGGGCGGAGUGUCGGCGAGGCGGUGUACGGCAUGCUGACGGGAACGCAGCUGGACGAGUUCGAGCUCCUGCACCUCAAAGCCAACCUGCAGGUCUGGGGCGCGCCGGGUUUGCUGGGCCAGGUCAUCACCCAGGGCACCAAGGGCGGCGCUAAGGGGGCCGGCGCGCGAGGCCCCGCUCCAAACAAGCGAUGA